AUGUUUCAGAUCAUGGAUCUUACAGCACUACGAUACAUCAACCGAUUUUCCGUGGCCAAGGGGGUUCCGACCAACGACAAAAUCUCCUACGGAGCGUUGGCCAACAAGGUCGGCGUCGAUGAAUCUCAACUGAAGCGAGUCCUGCGAUACGCCAUGACGAAGAGCAUCUUCAUCGAGGUCGACGGUGAAGUGGCCCAUACUGAGACAUCACGACUUCUCCUCCAGGAUGGCAUUGCGACUUUGAGUAAAUACUCCAGUGACAGAGGAUGGCCGAUUGCGAGCUGUUUCAAUGAUGCUAUUGACAAAUGGGGCCACGGCUCGCCAGAGCCGAACGAGACGGCUUUCAACGUUUUCAAGGACACCAACUUGUCCAUGUUUGAGUACCAUGAGCAGCACCCCGAUUUUGGCGCGGAUUUCCACGCUGUCAUGAAUCAAUUCACAAAGUCGCCGCCAUUGUCUCAUGAACACAUCAAGUCGGCAUUUGAAUGGAGCAGCUUGUCUCACGCAACAAUCGUCGACGUGGGCGGCAGCCUCGGCCAUGGCAGUGUUGCUAUUCUGGAGACGAAUCCCACGCUCACAUGUGUCGUCCAGGAUCUCCCAAAGACAAUCGCACAGGCGACAGAUCCUUCGACAUCGAUCGUUCCCGCCCAUAUGAAGAGCCGGAUCAGCUUCCAAGAGCACAGUUUCUGGGAUCCUCAACCUGUGGCCGCCGACAUUUACUUUCUCCGAAUGAUAUUUCACGACUGGGCAGACAAAUACGCCAAGAAGAUCCUGCAGGCUCUUCUGGUGGCCAUGAAACCGGGUUCAAGGCUCCUGAUCAUGGACUAUGUCACACUUCGGUACGGUACGCUCAAGAUCGGGGACGAGCGACGGAUGCGUAUCCGGGAUAUGCAAAUGAUGGUGAUGCACAAUGCGCUGGAAAGAGACGAGGGCGAAUGGAGACGUCUCUUUGCCGAGACAGAUUCCAGGCUGAGCUUGAUCAAAAUACGCAAGCCAGCCGGAAGCGCCCUAUCAUUGCUUGAAGUAGUUUUGGAUGACCGGAGGGAUUCUGUGCUUCAGCCUUGA